CACCCAACUGAUUCCUCGCAACUUUUGAAAAUUACGUUUCCCAAUGAUCAAUCGGGAGUCGUUUUAGACUUGGUAGACGGCGUUCAAUCUUUUGGAGCUAGCACUCCUUUCCCAACUUUAUGGAGCAGCUGAAAUCAUUGGUGCCGGAAAACUUGAAGCAGACGGUGGGUUCAAGCACCGCCGAAGAUCUUCCUUCGUCGUGUUCUUCCCUACUACGCCUGUUUCAGAAGUUGGAGCUCUUCUUCCAAGUCAUCGGAGACUUGGCAAUGGAUCCUGAAAAGGCUCUCUGUGGGAAGAAAAAGGACGCUGCUCUGGAGUUGAAGCGCCAGGGCAAUCAAUGUUUUUUAAAAGGGGAUUAUGCUAAUGCGUUGGUUCAUUAUUCCCGGGCACUGCAACUUGCUCCUAUGAAUGCUGUUGACAUGAACAAGAAUUUGGUUGCAACCUUAUAUGUGAAUCGAGCAUCGGUUUUGCAUAAAAUGGAUCUGCAAUUGGAGUGUGUACGAGAUUGCAAUAGAGCCCUUCAAAUUUCAUCAACCUAUGCAAAGGCAUGGUACAGAAGAGGUAAAGCAAAUGCUACUGUGGGAAAUUUUGAUGAUGCUGUCCGUGACUUUCAUAUUGCUGAGAAUGUGGAGAUGUCAUUCAAUGGAAAGAAGCAGAUAGAAGAUGAGCUGAAGGUCAUUCAAGAUCAGCACAAGAGGUCAAAUAUAGUAAUUGAACAUAGCAAGAACAAAUUGGAUAAGUUUGAUGAGCCAAUCCAAGUAAAAUUACAUGUCACCACAUCGAAUAAGGGGAGAGGGAUGGUUUCACCCACUGAGAUACCUCCAUCUUCCAUGGUCCAUAUUGAAGAACCUUAUGCCUCGGUAAUAUUGAAGCAUUAUAGAGAAACUCAUUGCCAUUACUGCUUUAAUGAACUACCAGCAGAUAAAAUACCCUGUCCAUCAUGCACAAUUCCUCUGUACUGCUCACAACAUUGCCAAAUACAAGCAGGGGGGCAAAUGUUACAAGCUCCUCCAGAUAAUCAAGAUAUUUUAAAAAAUCUAUCUGAUGACCUCCAGAAGUAUGUUCAAGAAAUAACUUCACACGGUUUUGCUGACAUUAGGACUGAAGAUGUUCCUGAACAUAAACAUGAAUGUGAUGGUGUGCACUGGCCUGCUAUAUUGCCAUCUGAGAUUGUUUUGGCUGGGCGAAUAGUGGUCAAAUAUGUAGCACAAAAAGGUGGCUUUGCAGAUGCUUCUAGCGUUGUGGAUAUGUUGAAUCUUUCACACCAUUUUUCACAAAUGCCUACUGAUAGCAAGCUGGAGUGUAUCAUAUAUUCCAUAAUAUUGUUAAGUUGUCUUCAGCAAUUUUUCCCUUCUCAACUUCCAAUUAAUGGGAACUCUAUCUCGCAGAUUGUCAUACUUAUAUCCCAAAUUAGGACAAACUCUAUAUCUAUUGUCCGUAUUAAAUCCUUUGAUGCACCCGGAUCACCAGAUCAGCGUGGAGUAUUAUCUAGCACGGUUCCUUUUACUUGUAAUAUGGAACAAGUCAGAGUAGGUCAAGCUAUUUAUACCACUGGAAGCUUGUUUAACCAUUCCUGCAAACCAAACAUCCAUGCAUAUUUCAACUCACGUACUCUCUUUAUACGGACAACCGAGUUCGUGUCAGUCGGGUGUCCCCUAGAGUUGUCGUAUGGUCCCCAGGUUGGUCAAUUGGACUGUAAAGACCGGCUUAAGUUGCUAGAGGAUGAGUACUCUUUUAAAUGCCAGUGUAGUGGUUGCUCAUUGGUGAACAUAUCUGACCUUGUCCUUAAUGCGUUUUGUUGCAUUAAUGCUGAUUGCCUCGGAGUAGUCCUGGAUAGAUCCGUCUUCGAUUGUGAAAAUAAGAAAAUCCAGGACUUCCAUUCAGUCGACAAGCUAAGUAGGCUGGAGCCUUUCAUUCAGAGUGGCAGCUUCCUUCAUAUUGGUCAUAGCCAUUGUUUGAAAUGUGGAUUUUAUCGCGAUAUAAAAUCGUCCCAGUCAACAGUGGAUGAGGCCUGGAUUUACUUUACAAGGUUACAGCAGGAAAUAAAUUUAAAUAGGGUGUCAGAAACUACACUCUCAGAUGCUUUAAGAGCUCUGUUCUCACUGAAAUCUACACUGCAUGCAUAUAAUAGGCGCAUAGCAGAAGCAGAAGACCAUCUGUCGCAGGCUUUCUGUUUGAUUGGAAAACUAGAGCUUGCAGCCGACCAUUGUAAAGCAUCGAUUCGGAUACUGGAAAAGUUGUACGGCGAAAGCCACAUCGCCAUUGGCAACGAGCUCUUGAAGCUUUCUUCCAUCCAGUUAUCUCUGGGAGACCACACUACUGCUGGGGACUGCAUUAACCGAUUGAAUGGAAUUUUCAGGUGCUAUUAUGGAUCUCAUGCCAAGAGAAUGUUUCCAUUUUUGAACAUCUAGGAGGAAGAAACUCAGAAAUUUGUCAGCACAGAUCUUUGGUCAUUGCGAUGGCUUCCAGUUCUUGAUUGUUACAAGUCGUAAAACCUUUUAUAGAAUUGUUUUCAUGUUUCUGUCUUCCAUUGAAAUGGUAGCCGUAAGGAUAGUAAGAAAAAAUAUUGUGGUGGCUAAAUAGGUGAAUUUUAUUCACUGGUUAAAAAUAUAUUAGAUCUUAAUUUAAUAAGUUGAAUA